AUGGGAUCAUUAGGUGUCCUUCCAUCCGAGAUAAUCUCUCCAGCCAUCUUCUACUGGGGCACGCCCGUUGUCCUGAUCACCACCGAAAACGAAGACGGCUCAUUCAACAUCGCACCCAUGUCUUCAGCAUGGUGGCUCGCAGACCGAUGUCUUCUAGGCCUCAGUGCAAUUUCACAGACGACAGUCAACCUGCUUCGAACCAAAGAAUGCGUGCUUAAUCUCGCGUCCGACGACCUGGUAGAUGCCGUCAACGCCCUUGCCAAAACAACCGGUACUAAAGCUGUUUCGACAGCCUCUGCGGGUGAAGGGUAUCUAUACUUCAAACGCAAAAACGGGUACAAAUACAUCCAUGACAAGUUCGGACAUGCCGGUUUAACGCGCUUCCCAUCUGAGCUGGUCCGACCUGCUCGCAUUGCAGAAUGCCCAGUCCAAAUGGAGGGCGAACUGAAAAACGUCCAUAGAAUGAUGCAAGACACCGAUGGAUCGUCGUUGCUAGCAUUGGAGGUCAAAGUUCAGCGCACCCAUAUCCAUAAAGACAUUCGAAUGGAAGGACACGCCAAUCGAGUCGAUCCUGACAAGUGGCGUCCGUUGAUCAUGAGCUUUCAGGAAUUCUAUGGGUUGGGUCCGAGGAAGGCCUCGCAUUCGGUUCUUGCUGAGAUUCAGGAGGAGGCGUAUAGGCCCAUGGCCAAUCCUAUUGAUAACCAAAAUGAACAAAAUGAUUCGAGGGGUGACGUAUGA